GUAAAAAUAAAAAUAAAAGGAAGGCUUUGGAAUGGAUGAUUUCCAGUUCUGCCCCGGAAUGAUUAUGGGGCUCACCUGAGACGGACAGUCCUUAUGGAAGCAUUUCCUGGAAAAUGUUAAUGAGGACUCUUUUGCAGUUCAAAGUGUUUAAAGAAAUUUAAUUCCUGAUAAAAUUAUUCUUGGGAAAUCUUUCUCUCUAGAUGGUUACUGACCACUUUACCUUCUUGCAGGGGGCUUUUUAAUCUUGAGAUUUUCUUAAGUUACAAAAAAAAAUUGGCUUGCAUUUGAUUUUCAUAAAUAUUACCAGCAAAAAACAUCAGGGUUAAUGUUUGUAAUUGGCGAAUCAAGGUGAAGAGGACAGGUAGUGUUGUAUUCUUUCAACUUUUCCGUAGGUUUGAAAAUUUUCAAAAUAAAUAUUGGAGGGGUAAAAGUGAGCCAGUGUGUUUUCUUUCCCCUUAGGGAAUCUAAGACAAAUUAAAGGAAGAGAUUCACUAAAUGAUUUCCCAAGGGCAAUCAAGAGUUAAGUGGGAGGACGUGGAAUAGAUCCCAGUGUCUCUGUUGGCAUUCUGGGGCUUUUUAGGCCAUUUCUCUUCCCUAAAGGAAAGACAGAUAGAGAAAGGAGUUACCUCCAGGCUUCUGCUUCUGGACAGUGUCUCUGAGCCUGGCAAUACUGCUGUGUAUUUCCACUUACAAAUUAUCAGAAUGGGCAAAGCAGGAGAGAGGGACCUGCGGGCCUUGUAAAAGUGCUCAAUGAAUGGCAUUAGGUGGAUAUUUCACCCAUUGAGAAGAAACAGGUGAUUCUAAUUCUGAACCUAGGAUUUUCAGUUCCGACCAUUUUAAAUAGAGAAGGGGUUCCAUGGUAAGCAGGACUUAGUAGUGAAGGAAGGUGUAUGAGGUUACACACCUGACAGAAGGGGAGACAAAGCCAGAAUUGCACAGUGUUCUUCCCUGUUCUCAGAAUGGAAUGUGUCCUUGGAAGGGCAUUGUGACCAGGAGAACCCGAGAAGGUCCUUGUCCUUUUUUGUCUAAGCCAUGACAAUUUAGAGGAGGGAUGCUGAACACCUCCUGUGCUCUGCCCAAGCCCAGGCUUAUUUGGGUUAAGAGGAAGGAGCAGUGGGUCUCUAGGGGCAACUUUUAGAGAACAGGCAAUGGUAUUGGCCUGGCCCCUUUCCCCAUCUCAUAACUUUUCUUCUGGAGCAUCAAGAAAGGAGGGUGUCCAGACAGUUUUCAGAGCUUUACGCUAUUACCUGACCUAGUACCAAACUGCGAAAUCAAAACAUGUGUGUGUGAUUCGUGUGUACCUUACUCAUUACGGCAUUUGUAAAAAGCUGAGAAUUACUCAUCUAUGUAGUUGGUGCUGGGUGAACUCCAGGUAGAUCAUCAGCUUGGGAGGGAGGUGGUCACUUUGAUCCUGGUCCCAAGCAAGCCUCAUGCUCUCCUGGGUCUUUCAUGACCUUUCGUUGCCUCCCUUGUGCCUCACCAAGCAUGAUAAGUCCAAGAGGCCAGCACUCCCAUCAGGAUCAUUCAAAACGUCCCCACUGAGAGCACCUUUGAUGAGACAGACUCUGGUUUUUGUUAGACCACCCACCUCUGAAAAAUAUUUUCACUUAUCUUCAUCUGCCUUAACUCAAAGAAAAUCAAGACGUUUGAAAGCUGACAGAAAAAAAAACAAGGUGAAGUGCAGGGAUGCUAAUGGUUUUUUGUCCAGUAGGUGGCGCCUCAGCAAAUCUCAUUUGCCGCAGAGAGAAGUAAGCCUGUUAAGGAUUUUUUUAAAAAGAUGCGUCCAUAAUGCAUGUGAGAGAAAGAUAUACCCCUUGUGCAGGAUGGUUCAUGAAGUCAAUUGGAAAAACAAAAAACGGUUGGAAUAUGUAAAACUAAUUCUCUCAUUGCAAGAAAACUGUCAGGAAGAAUUUUUAAAAAACUCAUGUCUGGUUGAAAUUAAAAUGCUUUAUCACAUCACAUGGAGAUUUUUUUCCCAUAACAUUUGGGCUGCAGAUUAAAGCUGCAAGUAAGAAAAAUGCUAUUAAUCUGAUAGCAUGUGGAGUUUUAGAGAAUCAUAUAUGGUAGUUAUUUUGGCGUCAGGUUUAUGUAUUUGAAGUAUGUUCUGAAAAUGUUGAAUACUUGAGCUGGAGAAAUUCCUUCUAGUAACUUAAAAAACGAAAACAUGUUAGUGCAACAUGUUAGGUGUAUUUUCUUCUUGAAGAAGGAGACUUCAUGUUCCUGGAAUGCACUGUUAAAAACUCAUAAUGCACGUGCAGUUAAACACCAUGCCACAUCAGCAACUCCAUGCUAAGAGAGUGUUACGGUUUUUAUACUCAAAGGUAGUUAAAGGUACUUCUUUAGAAACAUGCAAAGGGAGCCACAUUUUCACUCCUUAAAUUCAAGUGUCGCCUCUGAAAAGUAGGUAGUGGAAUUAGUUAUGUGUUUGUAGAAGGCGCAUUUCAGAAGGCAAAUGAGGAUUUUUAAAAAUCUUGCUUUCCAAUAAAGUAUUCAAAUUUCAUUACUUCUUUUUUUUAGAGAAGUCUAUAUCUUUCCUGAUGGGUUAAGGCAGGGAAUCUCUGAGUAUUGUUUUGCAAAAUGGAAUCAGAUUUAAUCUAUUAAAACUUUCUGCUAGAUGAAACUGUCAGGAUACAUACACACAUCCUUUUGCGUUCAGUUUUUUUUCGAGGGCAGAUGAAGAACACAAUUAACAGGCUCCUCACAAAUGUCCUUUCUUAUGGUCUCAGAGGAGAGUGGUGACAGCCAUCCAAGGUUGUCAGGUGAGGUAUGAAAUCAUCACCCGAGUUUGGGGGGCCCUGGGGAAACCUCAAGAAGGAAAAGAUGAAGGAUGCGGUUUGCUUUUAAUAAUUGAGUCAUUGUAAUGUGUUUUGUAAAACCAAGACAGGUAGGACUUGGCCAGUUCACUGAACUUCAAUUUUAGAGAAAGAUUUUACCCAAAGUGCCUUGUCUUUCCAUGGACAUACUAGUCUUCGGUGAAGAGAAAUGAAAGUCAUGUUCUUGCAUGGCUACAGGAAUCAAUCCUUCCUUUCACUUGCUGUUUCCCCUCACCGCUGUCCCCUCACUUUUCUCAGGUUGAAUAGUCACUUUUAGGGAAGAUUAUGGGGCUCAGUGGUAAGCAGUGGAGACCUUACCCCUGAGCUCCCAUCACCGUCCCAGUCUACCUCCCUUAGUAGUCCCACUCCCUCUAGACCAGUGGUUACCACACUUGUCUGCACAGUGGGAUCGCCUGGGGGAGGGGAGCUUCAGAAACUUCUGGCGCCUGCCUCCCACCGUCACCCCCCCAACACUGUGAUUUAAUUGGUCUGGGUAUGGCUUUAGUUUUUGAAAAUGACAAGAGAUCUUCCAGUGAUUCUAAUGUGCAGAUAAAUUUGGGAACCACCAUUCACGUCCACUCCCCAAACCUCCCUUAUUCUUGACCCGUUCUUCUGAGUUCAUCCUUCCUUGGGACUUUUGUGGCACCAGGACUUGAGUGUAUGCCCUUGUGACUCCACUGACCUCCCUGUAUUUUGUUUUUGUUUUUGUUUUUUUGGUGUAUCUUGGGAUCCCAUGGUUGUGUGGAGCUGAGUCUUUUUCAUCCUCUUUCUCUUCUCAAUGUCCAUCUUAAAUCUUAAUACCUAACUCACAGCAGAUGGUUAGAGAUAGGUUUUUAAUCAAGAGCAUAAAAUAUAUAUAUACUAUAUAUUAAUACAAUGAUUUAAACAAGUUGAUUCAUGUACUUCUGACUCAGGGCAUUUUUUUUUUUUUUCAACUGCCCAGGAGGACAUUUCUCCUUUACUUGAAGAGCCUGGAUUUCCUAAUCUCCUGUCUUUUCUUAAAGCAAUGAUAAGUGUAUAAAAUUAAAGAGGAGUAUGUUCUCUUGUGUGGUAUCAGCUUGUGUCACAAAAGGCAGCUCUAGAUAAGGGGACAAAGGACGGCUAAGCCUGUGUUCAAUAAAGCUCAAGGAAGGAAGUGUCGAGUGUUGUCGAUUUCUAGCAGAAUUCCCUAUUGCCUGCCUUACUUAAAGAAUAUUAAUUUAUCUAAUUGAUGAUAAUGUGGUCAAUUUAUUGUAGCAUUAAAAAUGCAAAUCAGUUACCAUGCCAAAAUAUUCACUGACGUGCCUGAGACUUUUAAAACUUUAUUUUAUUAGGUGAUAAUGGGAGGCAUAAUUGUUAAUGUUUGAUUCUGGCAAAAUACAAUUAGUUUCUGUGAAGCACAUUGUGCAUUAAUGAUAUCAUUAAGAUUAAUGAAUAUAAAUGAAUGAGCGGAGGAUUUCAAAUAGAGCAUACUGACUUUACAUCAGUCUGUAAAACUUGAGAUAGAUUUCCCUGAUUUUUUUUUUAAGGAGAAUAUGCCAGAACCCCUGCUACAUUUUUAUAUAGACUAUAGAGAAAUUAAAUCAGCUCCCAGCAGGAUCAAAGUUUUAAAAUAUUUUUAGGAAGACUGUUGUAUAUUGAUUUCAUUUCAUGAAAGCUGCCUAUUAGUUUUGCUUUAAGAACUUUCUCAGGACCGCUUUUAAUAGAAAUUACCAUGUCCUGCAUAUGUAAGUGUGUGUAUAUUUUGGUGUUUAAAAAACAGCAGAAUGAUAAAUCACUGUUCAGUAAAUUAGAGAUGACAUGGUGGUGGUGUCUUUUCCAGAUGUUCUACAAGAGAUAUCUAUGAGACUUUAUAUUUUAACAGAGUAUUAAGAAAGCUAGACAACUGUGUAUUUGUCUUGAGCUAAAAGAUGGAGAAAGGAAAAACCUGGAAAGGCUGCUCAUUAAGGUCUUCGAUAAGAGUCAUGGACUAAAUCCAUAAUGUAACCCCAAGAAUUAUGGUAUUUUGAGCACUGAUGCAUGCCUGUGGGCUCUUGUAGUGUAGAGAGGAACUUUGCCAUUACAAAACAAAAAAAGGACUUACCUAUGGUCUGUGCACUUGUAAUUUAAGCCUUGUGUUUGCAGCCCUUUUUCGUGAACUAGAAAGAUAGAAGUACUGUGUCAUCGGGUAGAGCUUAAUGUGGCUUCUCUGUAAGUUCGUAUAUCCUUGGUCUGACCUUCAGCUAAUGCUUCCUUUUCUCUAUGCCUAUGUGUGUAUGCUUUUUGAUUUGGAAAAAACUAUUUGGAAGUUUUUUAGGGCAGCUCUUGCCCUAGAAUUGCUGAUGCAGUACUGGUGGGCUGGGCCACCAAAAGCAAAGAAGAAGGGGAGGCAUUUUGGAAGCUGUCUACUGUAGGGGACCCAGCCUGAGAAGCCUGAGUUCCUUUGUUUGCUCUGCCUUUUUACUGUUUCCAUGACCUUGGCUCUUCUUUUAACCUCAUUGCCUCACUUUCCUCGUUGGCAAAUUGGACUGGUCUCGUCCCUUUCUGUUUUGAAAGCAACUGAUGAGGAUUAAUGAGGUAGAAUCUGGAGCACCUUUUGUUUCUCUGAAGAGUGCAUCUCAGGAAGCUAGAGGAUAGAUUGCUAUCGGAGAGAAGUGGAACACACAUUGCUUACCCUAUUAGAUGAUAGGGUCCCAAGGAGAACUUAGUCUCUAGCAACGGAAAAUGAGCUGUGGACACAGCCCCAUUUCUCCUCACAUCUGAAUCAGAUGAUGUACUAGUGCAGGGUGACAGAAAGCAAGGUAAGCCAAAUGCGGGGAGCAAUAGUAAGACAUACAGGACUCAGAGGGACAUCUGACCGCCACGUGCUUACUGUAAGAAAUUGACUUAUUUCUUAAGUCAUUUUUAUAUACACCUGUCAUCCCUAUUUGGCUCUUCAGUAUUUGCAGAAGAGUCAACCGAAAUGCUUGGCUCUGUGUCCAUCAUCUAAAUACGAUCAGAAUGACGUUCCCACAAUACCUCAGAAUUAAUCUAAUCUGGUGCCUCAAGGUAGAAUAAGGUUGCAGAUGUGAUUGUCAGGUUUAGGAUAGCUUGCACAAGGCUCUUCAGAUCUCUAUUGUAAUGCAUAUCCAUGCAGACACACAGACGUAGAAAGAAUGCUUGAUUACUUCAUGUAUUAAAUCCCAUCCUGAUUUUAUCUAGCAUGCUGUCUUUGGUCAGUCAGGUUUUAAAUGCAAAGGUGGCUAGCUUGAUUUUUGCCCUUAGGAGCUCUUCCAUAUCUCUGCCCACCCCCUCCCCCCGAUUGUAUUUACUUUUAUUGGAGAAGUUUAAUCUAGGGCAUUUUAAUCUAGAAAUUAGCUUCCUGUCACUUUAAAAAAAAGUUUAAUAUGUGCGUAGCUUGAAAGUGCUUUUAUGAUCUCUGAUUCAGUUGUUAAAUUCAGAAUACAGGUAAUAUAGUUUAAAAUUUAAAAAUAAUCUCCAUCUUUUAUAUCUAUGUAUAUCUCAUCACUUGAGGGAUAAUUUUAGGAAUGUCUGUUUCAGAAGCUCAUAACAUACUUCGUUGAUGCCAAGAGUAUCAUCACGCACACGAUCACUGACAUACCCAUGUUGGAAGCUCACGCGGUUGAUAGGCAUCCUAUGCCGGCAAUACAGUCAGUGUUGCUUCACCCAUCUAUCCCCAUCUCCCUAUUAACAUGAAAUAUAGGCAUCUGCUAAAUAUUAGUUCAUGGUCCCAGUGUUUGCUGUGUAUCAUUUAGAGAUGAAGGGACAUAAUUGAAAAAAAAAUAUUGGAGCUAUUUCCCAUUGUCAGAUCUUCAUAAAUGCCCUCGAUGAAAAAAAUGAAGUUGUAUUACCGAGUUUUAUUAGAAAUGCUAUAUUUUGCUGGAUCCGUGUGUUCGCAAAGUAGAGAGUAUUUUCCUGCUGUGAUUGAUGUUAGGGCAUUUAUGAGGAUAGUCUGCUAUAUUUCAUAUGUAUAUGAGGGUGUCAUUGUUAAAAUGUUCAAAAGAAAAUUAUGUAUGUGAUUUAUAUUUUAUUAUUUCCUCCCAGGAUGUAAUUUUUUCAAUACCAUGAUUCCUGUCAUAGUGUCAGUAGAGAUUUGAUGGCUAAUAUGCCAGAAAUAAUUAGAUAAAAAAAAGGUGAUGCAAACGUCAAGACAAUAUAGCUUUCCUGUGAAAAGCCUUAAGCGAACUCAUGCAUGUUACGUUGUGGAAAUCACCUACUGCAUACACUGAAGCUGACUUCAGGAUUACAGGCAGGAUGGAAGAUGGAGCUAAGAGCAGGAAGCGUGGGAUGCAGCAUAUUUCAGAGGCAUAUGCUUGCUACUGACCCCACCUGCAAUUUUUGCUAAAUGAAACAUGUGUUUUAGAAAAUGCUACUCUUGGGGUAAAUUCAGACUUGGGUGGAUUGUCAGUGGGAAGAUGUUAGAUACUCUCUUUUCCUUUGACUGGGAAAAGUCCUCCUCUCCCUAGAAGGCAUCCUGCCCUUUGUUGUAGUCUCCAUGACAGGUUUAAUUUUUUUUUCUUUGGGGUGAAAAAGACACGUCCUAUUAUAGGAACUGCAGUUUUUUUCGCCUUUGUCCACCUGCAAGAUUAGACCUUUAUUGUAAAAUUUAAAAUGACCCUUUAAACAUAUAGGAUAAGGGAAUUUGUUGUUUCAGUGUUUAUUCCUGAGCAUAGCAUCUCCUGGGACUUUUAAUAGAAUGGAGCCUAUUUCUGGGUGUCUUUUUACUUUGGGGCAUUGAUGACUCUGGUGAUCACUGCCUGGUUCACUUAUGUUACCUUAGUAAAUAAUGUUUCUAAGGAUUAGACUAAUAGUGUAAUAUUACAAUGUUAGACAGGAAUGAAGUUGGGUGUCAGCUGGAGCCUAGUAUUUAACUUGCUCGCAGAGUUGCCAUGAAGUCUGUUUCGGUCCCCGUACUUCAGCACAUCCUGGUGUCAGAGCACUGCUUUCUCACUUGGGAGAGGAACCGUGGGGAGGGAAGUGAGGCCCAGCCUAGCCCUCAGCAUCUCACAAGUUCCUGGCAGGGCCAUGGAGGCUUGAAGCCAAACAGGUAGCUGAGUGGCCUGUGAAGCAGAUGGUUUGGGGAGAUGCUAAUAGCCUGGAGGAGGAAGGGAAGUUUGGAGUCCUGCUGGCAGGUCAGCAGGGAAGGGUCCAGGUGUCCGGAGAGAGAGCCGUGGAUGGCUCCUACCUUGAGGGCACUGGGACCAAUUUCCCAGUUUCCCAGUUUCCCAGCAGGUGGCCUCCUCCUCUUCCCAGCUUUCUGGGGCUAAGCUGGUAGUAGUAUCUUCAUUUUACAGAGAAACUGAAGCUCAGGGAAGUGAAGGGACUUUCCCCCAAGCUACCAGGGUGUCAUGUUGGUGGAGCCUGCCCAGGGGCCUGGCUCUCAGGGCUGGGUACUUUCUCCUAAGGAUGCUGGGGAGUCAUGACUUCCAGAAAAUAAGGGAAGAAGUUGAGAUUGGGAUUCCCCCUCCCUUUCUGCUUCUCAGCACUGCUCAGAACAGCCUUGCCCUGAGUCAUUUCACCUGGAAGGAAAGAGUGAUUUACGGAGAGCCUGCAGUGGUAAAUUCCAGAAAACAGACGAGGAUCAGACUUGAGAUGGAAAAGCUGCCAAAAGCCCACAAGUCAAGGGGGAUGCAUAUCAAGCUGGUCCAACAAUGGAUAGGGGGUCUUGGUUCUGUGGGAUUCACUUGAUUGCAAACAAAUAUGGGUUAUAUUUAGAACUGUGUGAUUUGGGAGCCAGAAGGGAGAAGAGUUGCUCAAAGAGUGGAGCCUCCGGAGGCCCAGAUACAUUUAAGUAGAGGCCACAGCCCAGGACUUCCCUGGCCGCCCUCUUCCCCCUCCCACCCCUGCCCCAGUGCCUUCCUCCCUUCUGCCCUAAAGUGGCUGAGACCCUCCUCCUUUUGUCUCUUCCUGGUGUGUUCUGACCACUGAGAGCUUAGAAUGUCAUUUUCUCUUUGACGCUAAAAAAAUCUCACACCUUGAAAGCACAUUUUCUUCUCUGUUUAAACAGGAAUAGGGACUAGAUGAUUAGGGACCCAGAGUCAGCCUGGCAGGGUUGGCAUCUCAGUUCUUCCUUUCCUGGGCUGUGUCCUUUGAGGGAGUUACUUCAUCUCUCUGAUGUCAGUUUCCUCCUCUGUAUAAUGGGGAUGAUAAUAUAUGAUAGGGCUGUUAUGAAAAUUAAAGAUGACUUGUAUAAACUCGUCAGAGCAGUGAUGGGCACAUACUCUGUGACCAGAACAUGUUGGUUUUACUAUUAUUUCAAAAUCAAACAUGGAGGGAAAUAAAGUGCUAAAAUGAAAAAAGAUUUUAAAUGUAAACAUCGAAAUGUAUAUCUUGAGCAAAUCUCGGCUGCCUUAGCUGUUGACAUUCAAGAUUCCUUUUCCCGCUUAAGUGAAAUGAGCGACACAAGAGUGAUAAUGACACUCACAAUAACAGGUCAGCAUUAUUCUCACGAAUGCCUGUUUCUCAUUUGUAACUUUUUAUGACCUUUAUGUUGUGUUCUUUAAGUACAAUAUACUCAUUGGUCACUGGCAUUUAUCUUAGGAGUGAAAAAAAUAAUCAAUGAAUGGAGGGAUUUAUUCACUUGGCCAUGUUGGUGUCCAUUGUGAAUGAAAAAAGACAUGUGAACCUAUGAUCUGUUGUCUAAAGGUAACAGACAGGAUGUUUGGAUUUUGUGGCUCUUUGGCUACCUUGUUAAAAAGGAGGGACCGCUGCCACACACAGACACAAAACACCAUUAAAGGGAAAACCCACCACAGACUGUGGCAGUAGUUCUAAAAAUUGCAUUUCGAGCACCCUGAGAACUCUGGUGGCGUGAGGGAUGGGGUCACGAUGGCAUUCUGACUCUCCUCCCUCUGGCUGAUCUGGAGAGAGGUACCUCCUCCUCCACCAGGACCUGUGCCUCUCACUCCCUUCACACAUCCCCUCCUCUGCUUCUGGAUAGGUGGUCCAGGCACCCAGGGCUGAGGGCUCCUGGCGGGGGGUGGGGGGUGGAUGAGGCUGGUGGCGUGUAGUGGGUAAGGUUAAGUGGAAACAUCCUCCGCCUUUGGUUCUUAAAAAAGGCCCCACAGUGUUCCUCCCAGCAGCUCUCCAGUGCACAUUCAGCUGCUGAAGAGUGGGUGAAAGCAGAAGGUGCAUUCACCUAAGCGUAAUAGUGCUGGAGUUCCCACUGUGGUCCGGUGGGUCGGAGUCUCAGCCCUCCAGAGAUGCCACUUCGAUCCCUGGCUUGAUGGGUUCUGGCUGGGAACUCCAUAUGCUUGGGGGUGGCCAACAAAAGAAAACAAAACAAACAAAAGAGUAAUUAAUGUUGAUCUAGAGAAGAGAGGUUAUUUGUUUUGAAAUGGGUGAGGAGUAUGUGACCAACCUGGAUCCUAGUACCAAACUACAUCACUGAGGACAUGAGUGAUCACAGAAUUUCAGUCUAUCCCUUUGUGAAAAGACCCCACCAAAGGCUUCCCACCCCUCCCCGAUUUGUCUCAGUUGGCAUUUGGUCCUGUUUUUGUUUCCAUGAGCCAUUUAUUGUAAUAAUUAAUAAAGUUUAAGUUUGGCCUUAUUACAUUGUCCACACAUUUUGAGUAUUCUAUGAAGUCAAUUAGACCUAUGGAGUACAUGAGGUGUAUUCAUACAAAAAAUAUUAAAAAAAAAAAUCAAGUACCAUGAAACUCCUGAAUUCAGAUUACACUUAAUUACAAAGCCUACCAGAUUUUAUUUGAAAAUUUUUGUACAAGCAAUGCAUGUUGACGCUGGUGCUUUGUGAACUGACUCACAAUAUGUGAACGUACUCCAUGCAGGUAUAAAAUCACAGGGGAAAAAUGCGUUUAUUAAUGGAAAUUAGGCUCUCUCCUAAUUAUUACCUGUGAAUAGUGUCAUCAUUUGAGGUUUUUAUUGCAUUUUAACACAUGGCUUAUCUUGAUGAGAAAAUACAUAGCAAAGGGUAAAUGUAGCAAUUUUCCUUUUACUAUUCCCUCUGCUAAGCCAUUAUUGCUUGAUGUUAUUUUUCAGCAGCCUUUCAUUUUUGUCCCAAAUGUUUUUGCCUCUGGCUGGUUUUAUUUCUUUAAAAUGUAUGUGUAUCACUUCUCAAAGUGAUACAUUUUGACAGAUAAUCGAUAUUUUUUCAUACUAGAUUUGAUGGUGCAAUGGUUAUAAUCCUCAUCUUAGACUUAGUUAAUGGUCGAAUACGAACCUAGAUUUUUAUCUCAAAAUAUUCCUUUGUUAGGAAACAUACUUUUCCCCCUUAGCCAAAUUCCUUUUUCUCACUCCCACCCACCAAACAGCCGCCCAGUGCUGAAGAUGCACAAAGCCCACUUAUCUGGGAUGCACAUCUCCUGACUUGGACACUGUGUCCUCGAAAUAUCUUCUGAUAGCACCUCCAGCCAGCUUACUUGAUUGGUCACAGAAAAGAUGCUUCUAGGCGCUACUUUUUUUUUUUUUUUUCCUCCUAGCAUCCUGUGAUCUUUAUUUGAAGGGGAAAAUCUUUUUCCUUUCCUUUUCUCUAGUGGGAACUUGCUGUCCUCCAUCAGACCCCACUUUUAGAAGGGCCAGCACAAUGAAGAUCACAGCCCUCAGAUCACAAGCAUGUAUUAGGACAGCACGCUCGGCUUUUGCUUUUGAAAGUUCAGCUUCUUGGGUCAUGAUUUUUUUUUUUCCUCUAAAUUCAGUUAGGACUUUCUUAUGCCUCUGUGGGCAUAUAACAAUGACAUCUAAGUUGGUAAAUAUAUUCUGACCUGCUGCCAAGGCACUUUGUUGGAGACGGCACUUCAAAUUCAGGGAGCUGCUUAAGCUCUUCUCUCAGGAGGGUGAAUUGAGGGAGAAAGGGCAACAACUGUCAUUUCUUUUGUUUUCACAGAAGAGAAAGGUCUUCCUUUUGCUGGAAGAGAUUCAAGUGCAGGUGGGCCUGUCAAGGAUGCGGAUCUAUUUCCACCAGCUUUGCAGAUCCUGCACAGAUAACAGCAAGCCAGUUCCUCCCUUCCACUCCUAGACUUUUUCGUUUCUUUUCUUCCUUUUUUUGGUCCUUCAAGUUAAACAAAAAUAUGUAGUUUUUUCAAAUUGGAAAAAAAAAUAUCAUUUGUGCUAGAAUUUGGGGGGACCUUUUUGUUUGAGCAGUGACAAGGUUCAUGCUUUUUCCUUGCUUUUAGAGAUGGCAUUGCUCCUCCACCUAACAGCAAGAACUGAAAACUCUCUGGGAUUUUCUUCUUUUAAGUGGUAUCAGACGAGCACACCUAAGUGGAAAAACACCCAGAUACCCUUCUCCCAGGAUGCUUCGGCAAGGGGUGGCAUUUCUUGACAAGGUUCUCUUGCUAUGUCUGGAGAUGUGGGCAAAGACGGUUUGGGAACAUAAAAUGCAAUCAAUUUUCCUCAGUGGUUGAUUCACAAAUCCCUGAGCUGUUUUUAAUGACAUAAUCUAAUCAAUUGCUAGCAAGCCUAAUAGUGUGUUGACAGCCAGAAAGAGACAGAAAGCUAGAGUAAUAGCAGGUGGGGGAGCAGGGAGCCACUUGUCACUUCCUUCCCCACCCCGCUGUUUAGAACUCGCUGGAUAUCUGGAGUAGGUAAAAACCAGAAAUUGCUCAUUUUUUUUUAAAGUUAUGCCUGCCUUCCUGACUACCUCUCUUUCAAUAAAAGACUGACGGAUAGAGUGAAGGAGGGGGUGGUUUUGAGACAGACUGCAGAUAGCCCCAGUAUCUGCCUCUCAGGACAAUGCUAUGCUUUCCAUUUCAAUAUCUGUAGAAGAGAAAUCAAGGGGGGGGUAAUUUAUUAUAAAUUGGUAGUAUCGGAUAUUGUUACUCCUGUGUCAAGUCGGUAAUGAAAACUUAAUAUUCAUCUCUUGGUUGCUUUGAAUUGAAAUAAGAUGAGGAUGAGCGGAAUAAACAAGCUGAAACAGACUGUGAAAUUGCACAUGAUGGGAAUCUUUUUUUUUUUUUUUUUUUAGUUGCUUAUAGACUAGAGAUAGGUUAAUAUUCCAACUAAUGAUAGUUCUUAGAAUUUCUUCUCCCUUUUUACAAUUUGGUCCAGUAUCAAUAGAGCCAAGUUAUUAUGUGGCCAUGAAAAAAAAAAUCUAAAAUGUUUGUACCUUUGGGCUAGGUAUCCACUGGCAAGGUAUUUAUGUAAAUGAAUUGGCUUUCACACUGGGAGGGGUAAGGGGUUCCUGCUGUGGCUGGAGGGAGGCUGCCCAGAGCCCUUCGUUUGCUGGCUUCCGGCAGUGCUUGUGUGUGUGAGUGUGUCUGUGUGUGUUCUGCUACAUCUUUUUCUCUUUGAUGCCAUCAGAAAAGAUGAGCACCAGGCACGCUGGUGCUGCUUGGCUAACCAGCUGUGCCCUAGUUUCCCGCCAUCCCAGUCAGUAGCUGCCUUUUACAGAGGUGUCUGCCACUGCUGAUUCACUUAGCCGCUUGGACCUUAGAGUUGUUUCUGAAGGGGCUUGACCUGAGGCCACUGCCACAAGCCAUUUUCUGGUCACUGGGAAUACCAGCUUCAGUAUUUUGAAGAAGGAAAAGCAGGGAUCCCACAAUUUCCUGUCUGCUAGCAAGAGCCUCCUGCGCCUGGAUGCAUGCAUUAGGUGUCUGAGCCCACUUGCUGCGCUCUCCCACCGAACUGCAAGCAUCCGUGAUCCCCGAAGUUGCUGGAGUGAAUAACUAAGCCGGACCAGCUGACUCCGGGCUCCAAUCAGCUAGAGCGUGAUGUAAGUGUUUAGCAGCUGCCGGGCUCUGAAUUAGCUUGCCGAAGUAGAGGUAGUACAGCAUGGCUAGACUGUUGUGAGAGGCUCAGAGAAAGCGGAGGGGGAGAUGGAUGAGUCCAGCAUCCUAAGACGAAGAGGGCUCCAGGAAGGGCAGCCUCCGAAGAGCCAUUUCAACUCAGCCCGACAUCGCCAGAGACUAGUGGACCCAGCUGCUUCAAAAAAGGAGCUGAGUCUCCCCAGAAGAGGAAGUUUGAUAGAUUCCCAGAAGUGGAAUUGCUUGGUCAAACGUUGCCGAACCAGCAACCGGAAAAGCUUGAUAGGCAAUGGACAGUCCCCAGCACUGCCUCGGCCCCACUCACCUCUCUCUGCUCAUGCAGGAAAUAGCCCUCAAGAUAGUCCAAGGAAUUUCUCCCCCAGUGCCUCUGCCCAUUUUUCAUUUGCACGGAGCAGGACUGAUGGACGCCGCUGGUCCUUGGCUUCGCUCCCCUCCUCUGGUUAUGGGACAAACACGCCCAGCUCCACGGUCUCUUCAUCCUGUUCCUCCCAGGAGAAGUUGCAUCAGUUACCAUAUCAACCAACACCAGAUGAAUUACACUUCUUAUCAAAACAUUUUUGUACCACUGAAAGCAUCGCCACGGAGAACAGAUGCAGGAAUACGCCCAUGCGCCCCCGUUCCCGAAGUUUGAGCCCUGGCCGUUCUCCCGCCUGCUGUGACCAUGAAAUAAUUAUGAUGAACCAUGUCUACAAAGAAAGGUUCCCGAAGGCUACAGCUCAGAUGGAGGAGCGGCUAAAGGAAAUUAUCACCAGCUACUCUCCGGACCACGUUCUUCCCCUAGCAGAUGGAGUGCUUAGUUUCACUCACCAUCAGAUUAUUGAACUGGCUCGAGAUUGCUUGGAUAAAUCCCACCAGGGUCUCAUCACUUCACGAUACUUCCUUGAAUUACAGCACAAAUUAGAUAAGUUGCUCCAGGAGGCUCACGACCGUUCAGAAAGUGGAGAGCUGGCAUUUAUUAAACAACUAGUUCGGAAGAUCCUAAUUGUUAUUGCCCGCCCUGCUCGGUUAUUAGAGUGCCUGGAAUUUGAUCCUGAAGAAUUUUACUACCUAUUGGAAGCAGCAGAAGGCCAUGCAAAAGAAGGACAGGGUAUUAAAACUGACAUUCCUCGAUACAUCAUUAGCCAGCUGGGCCUCAAUAAGGACCCUCUGGAAGAAAUGGCUCAGUUGGGAAACUAUGAUAGCGGGACAGCAGAAACACCAGAAACAGAUGAAUCAGUGAGUAGCUCUAAUGCUUCCCUAAAACUUCGAAGGAAACCUCGGGAAAGUGAUUUUGAAACGAUUAAAUUGAUCAGCAAUGGAGCCUAUGGGGCAGUCUACUUUGUUCGACACAAGGAAUCCCGGCAGAGGUUUGCCAUGAAGAAGAUUAAUAAACAGAACCUCAUCCUCCGCAACCAGAUCCAGCAGGCCUUUGUGGAACGGGAUAUCCUGACUUUUGCAGAAAACCCUUUUGUUGUCAGCAUGUAUUGCUCCUUUGAGACAAGGCGCCACUUGUGCAUGGUCAUGGAAUAUGUGGAAGGGGGCGACUGUGCUACCUUGAUGAAGAACAUGGGUCCUCUCCCGGUUGAUAUGGCUAGGAUGUACUUCGCCGAGACAGUCUUGGCCUUGGAAUAUCUACAUAAUUAUGGAAUUGUUCAUAGAGAUUUGAAACCCGACAAUUUGUUGGUCACCUCGAUGGGACACAUAAAGCUGACAGAUUUUGGAUUAUCCAAGGUGGGACUAAUGAGCAUGACGACCAAUCUUUACGAGGGUCACAUUGAAAAGGAUGCUCGAGAGUUCCUGGACAAACAGGUCUGUGGGACACCUGAAUACAUCGCACCAGAAGUGAUUCUGAGGCAGGGCUAUGGGAAGCCGGUGGACUGGUGGGCCAUGGGGAUUAUCCUCUAUGAAUUUCUGGUUGGAUGCGUGCCAUUCUUUGGGGACACUCCAGAAGAGCUAUUUGGACAAGUCAUCAGUGAUGAGAUCAACUGGCCUGAAAAGGAUGAGGCGCCACCACCCGAUGCCCAGGAUCUGAUUACUUUGCUUCUCAGACAGAAUCCCCUGGAGAGACUGGGAACAGGUGGUGCAUAUGAAGUCAAACAGCAUCGAUUCUUCCGUUCCUUAGACUGGAACAGUUUGCUGCGACAGAAGGCAGAAUUCAUUCCCCAACUGGAAUCCGAAGAUGACACAAGUUAUUUUGAUACUCGAUCAGAGAAGUACCAUCAUAUGGAGACUGAGGAAGAAGAUGACACAAAUGACGAAGACUUCAACGUGGAAAUAAGGCAGUUUUCCUCAUGUUCCCAUAGGUUUUCAAAAGUGUUCAGCAGUAUAGAUCGAGGUACUCAGAAUUCAGGGGAAGAGAAGGAAGACCCUGGGGAGAAAACCAAAAACACCACGUUGCCGUCCACGGAAACAUUAAGCUGGAGUUCCGAGUAUUCUGAAAUGCAACAGUUAUCCACAUCCAACUCUUCAGAUACUGAAAGCAACAGACAUAAACUCGGUUCUGGCCUGCUUCCCAAACUGGCGGUUUCAGCAGAGGCAGAACAAGACGUGGCGGCUCCCCACCCCAGAGAGCUGCACGAGGAACCAGAAAAGCCAGCCCUUCCUCCUGCAGAGAGUGCUCAGGAGGAGCCUGAGGUCAGCACCCCGGCCAGUACGAUCAGCAGCUCCACCCUAUCAGUUGGCAGUUUUUCAGAGCACUUGGAUCAGAUAAAUGGACGAAGCGAGUGUGUGGACAGUACAGAUAAUUCCUCAAAGCCCUCCAGUGAACCCGCUCCUCACAUGGCUCGGCAGCGAUUAGAAAGCACAGAGAAAAAGAAAAUCUCGGGGAAAGUCACAAAGUCCCUUUCUGCCAGUGCUCUGUCCCUCAUGAUCCCAGGAGAUAUGUUUGCUGUUUCUCCCCUGGGAAGUCCAAUGUCGCCCCAUUCCCUGUCUUCAGACCCUUCUUCUUCACGGGAUUCCUCUCCCAGCCGGGAUUCUUCGGGCGCUUCCGCCAGCCCACACCAGCCCAUUGUGAUCCAUAGUUUGGGGAAGAACUACGGCUUCACCAUCCGAGCCAUCCGGGUGUACGUCGGGGACAGUGACAUCUACACAGUGCAUCAUAUUGUUUGGAAUGUAGAAGAAGGAAGUCCAGCUUGCCAGGCAGGACUGAAGGCUGGGGAUCUGAUCACCCACAUCAACGGAGAACCCGUGCACGGCCUCGUCCACACAGAAGUUAUAGAGCUCCUGCUAAAGAGUGGAAAUAAGGUGUCAAUCACGACCACCCCAUUUGAAAACACAUCCAUCAAAACGGGUCCAGCCAGGAGGAACAGCUACAAGAGCCGGAUGGUGAGGCGGAGCAAGAAAUCUAAGAAGAAGGAAAGUCUAGAAAGGAGGAGAUCCCUUUUCAAAAAACUAGCCAAGCAGCCUUCUCCUUUACUCCACACCAGCCGAAGUUUCUCCUGCCUGAACCGAUCCCUGUCAUCGGGGGAGAGCCUCCCGGGGUCACCCACACACAGCUUGUCUCCCCGAUCCCCUACGCCCAGCUAUCGCUCCACCCCCGACUUCCCAUCUGGUACUAACUCCUCCCAGAGCAGCUCCCCAAGCUCUAGUGCCCCCAACUCCCCAGCGGGGUCAGGACACAUCCGGCCCAGCACCCUCCACGGUCUGGCCCCCAAACUCAGCGGGCAGCGAUACCGGUCUGGAAGACGGAAGUCGGCAGGCAGCAUCCCACUCUCCCCGUUGGCCCGGACGCCCUCUCCAACGCCACAGCCCACCUCCCCUCAGCGGUCACCGUCCCCUCUGCUGGGACACUCCCUUGGCAAUUCCAAGAUCGCCCAAGCCUUUCCCAGCAAAAUGCACUCCCCUCCCACCAUCGUCAGACACAUUGUGAGGCCCAAGAGUGCAGAGCCCCCGCGGUCCCCACUGCUCAAGCGCGUGCAGUCGGAGGAGAAGCUCUCUCCCUCCUACGGCAGUGACAAAAAGCACCUGUGCUCCCGAAAGCACAGCCUGGAGGUCACCCAGGAGGAGGUGCAGCGGGAGCAGUCCCAGCGGGAGGUGACCUUGCAGAGCCUGGAGGAGAAUGUGUGUGAUGCGCCAGCCCUGAGCCGGGCCAGGCCAGUGGAGCAAGGCUGCCUUAAGCGCCCUGUGUCCCGGAAGCUGGGCCGCCAGGAGUCUGUGGAUGAGCUGGACCGCGAGAAGCUGAAGGCCAAGGUGGUGGUGAAGAAACCUGACGGGCUCUCAGAGAAACUGGAAUCCCGCCAGAAAGCCCACGGCCUUGGCAGUGACUUGGAAAACCUCUCUGCUUUUAGACUAGAAGAGCGAGAGAAGAAAAUCUAUCCAAAGGCCUCGGAGAGGUCAAAUCAUUUUGAAAACAAAGCAGCCAUGCAGGAGACCCAGGCCCCAGGCAGCCUGCUAAAAGAUGCUCUCCACAAGCAGGCCAGCGUGCGGGCCAGCGAGGCUGUCACCUCUGAGGGGGUGGCAGCACCAGGGGACCACAGCCAGGGCACCUGUGACCUCAAACGAGCCUCGGCUCACAGCAGCCUCCAAGAUGGUGUGUGUCACGCCACCCACAGGCCCACCUCUGGGAAGGGUGACAACAAGGAGAAGGCCCCCCAGGCCAAGGAAGGCCUCCGGUGUGAGAAAUUAGACAGCAAGCUGGCCAACAUUGAUUACCUCCGAAAGAAAAUGUCCCUUGAAGACAAAGAUAAUGGCCUCUGCCCUGUGCUCAAGCCCAAGGUAACACAGGGUGCCCACGAGUGCCUGCCAGGGAAUGCGGGCCGGCCUGCGGGAGGGCAGCAGGAGGCCUCACCAGCCUCCGAGCAGCGCCCACGCAGCAGCGUCCACGCAGCUCAGAUCAGCUCCGUCUCCUUUGUCCCCCUCAAGGCCCUGGCUGGCCGGGUGGAGGGUGGAGUUGAGAAGCCUGGCUUGGCCGCUCCUGAGUCACCUGUCCGGAAAAGCCCCUCCGAGUAUAAGCUGGAAGGGAGGUCUGUGUCGUGCCUGAAGCCCAUCGAGGGCACUUUGGAUAUUGCCCUCCUGUCUGGACCGCAGGCCUCCAAGAUGGAGCUGCCUUCCCCGGACCUGGCGCAGAGCCCCAGCCCAGGCAGUGACCUGGGGCCCCCCGUGCCACUAAUUGCUCCCAGCAGUGGGAUGAGGAAGGGUGAAGCCAUGGGUCAGAGGGAACCCUCCGCUGCCGGCUUCAAGGUGAACAAAUCCUACCUGCUCGAUCCUCGGUUCCCGCCCCCCAGCCGGGGUCUGCAGGGUUCACCCGCAGGCCCCCUGCCUGACCCAGAGCUGAAGCUGGACAGGAAGGUGUCCCACACAGCCAGGCCCCCGGCCACCAUCAUGGAAAGCCAUUCCCAGCGGGGAGAGGGCAGCCCCAGCCAACACCAAGACCUCAGCCCUGACAUUAAGCUCCUUCCCUCCCUGGGCCAGACCCUCCACAGCGCCAACCCAUCCAGAGCGCGCAGCCCACUGCUAUCUGACGGUGCCACCUCCAGGGAGAAGCCCAACGGGAGGGAGGUGUCCGAAAGGGGCCCUUCCACAGCCAGAAAUGAGCGGUUGGCUGUGAGGGCCGACGUCUGCAGAGACCCCUCCAAGGAGCUGUACCCACCAGAAGCUGCUAAAACCAACGACAACUCCAAAGCCCUUCCCACUGUGGGGAGGACCCACCCAGAUGUCUGCACCCAGACCCCGGUUGUGGAGAAGGCAUGCGGGCCUUAUGGGAAGACACACCCCAAAGACAGCCGAGAUGAGGUGAGGCCGCCGGCCAGAGAGGACUCCUCUUUGCACUCAGCAGGGGCUUCUCAUGAGAAGGAGCUGGGCAGGGGUAAGAGUGGCCUGGAAUCUAAGCCAGAAGCUGCUCCUGCCAGGUGGUCUCUGGAGCCACCAGGAACAGAGAGUGGAAAGAGUGAGAAGCUCUCCAGUUGCUCAUCUUCACAGAAAGAUGGUCCCAAGGAACCAGAAAGGAAAGAACAGUCCCUGCAGAAGCAUCUCAGCAGUACCUCUCAGCCCCCACCCACCACCAAAGAGCUGCCCAGCCUGGCCACUUGGCAGCACUGCAGUCCACCAAGCCACCCUGUGGGUAGAGAGCCAGGGAGCAAGCCCUGCACUGCAGACCCCAGCUCCGGCCUCCAGGACCCUCCCAAGCCAGUUCCUGCAGUGCAUGGUGAAAGCAGCAGCCACAAGCCCAGGCCUGGCCCUGACCCAGGCCCUCCAAAGUCUAAGCAUCCAGACAGGUCACUCGCCUCCCAGAAGCCUAGCCUGGGGGCUGCAGUGGGCAAAGAACCUGGUGCUCAGCCCCUGGGGGUGGAGGGGAAGGGCAGCAGUAAGGGCCUGUCGGAGGUAGUCCCUGCCCUCCCAGGCCCCCAGAACACGGCCAACAACGUGAUUGGCCAGGGAGGAAGCGGGCCCUCAGCCCCCCUGCACCCGGAAGGAUGUCCUCUAGACAACAAGGUGAGACCCACCGGCGGGGGGCGUCCCCCAGAGGUGGCGAUGGAGAAGCCGGGGCAUCCGCCACGGCAAGGACCGGCAGGGGCCAGUGAAUCGGUGGACCAGAAACUUCCCACUGUCGGGGAAAAGCAAAAUCCGUCUCCAAAGCCCCCCAAACCAUCCACUGUGAAAGACUGUUCCCCUCUGUGCAAACAGACAGACAGGAGCCCGAGUCCGCUGGCCACCAGCACUGACAGAAAGGCUGAAGGGAAGAAAUGCACCGAAGCACUUUACACCCCGGUGGACAGCGGGAAGCCGGGGGCCAGCCUUGCCCCCGUGCUCUGCGAGGCCAGGCCAAAGGGCACGGACAGGCUGGCAGCAGCUGUGGGGAAGGGCUGGCCAGAGGCCAAGGGGAAAGGGCCGGGUCCCCAGAAGCCACUGGCCGAGGCGGGCAAGCCCAGCGGCAUGAAACGGUCGCCCUCGGCCACGGUUCAGGGCUCUAUCCACUGCGCUACCCUCCCCGAGAAGUCUCUGAGUUACUCCUCAGGCUUCCCCGAGGCGAGACCUGCAGUUUCAGAGGCUUCCACAACCUUCAGCGACACCUCCUCUGCCAAGGCCAGCGGGGCCGCGGCUGAGCCCCCAGCCUCCAGCAGCAGGGACCAUCGGAAGCCCCUGCCUGGCAGCGAUGGCAGAACCCAAAUGACAAAGAGUGACUCCUUGCCCUCCUUCCGCAGCUCCGCCAUCACUCUGGAUUCGUAUCACCCCAGCCCAGGUGGGACGGGGGGCGCCGGCCCCUGGGACAGGGCCCUCUCGGGAACGGCCACAGUGGGAGAAACCAAAGGGAAAGAGCCUGCCCUCGCCGCCCAGCCAGCUCAGACUAGGAAACAGAAUGUGGGCAGAGAGGUGGCCAAGCCGUCCCCAGCUCUAAGCAUGGAGCGCCCCGUCGCCCUUCCUUCUGAGAAGGACUCUGGGGUGCGGCAGAGACGGGGGAAAGAGAGUUUGCGCAGCAGCCCCCACAAAAAGGCCUCGUGAUGGGGCAGGCCUGGGGCGGGACCUGGAGACCCGGCCUGCGCCUGUUCCUGCGUCUUGACUCCCUUGGAAACCAGCACUGUGGGAACGCCCCCCAGGCAGAGCCUGGAGCCUCCUUGUCCAGGAGGGAGAAGAGGUGAAAGAGAGGGAGACCUUCUUCCAAUUGCCUUCCCAGUUGUAACCGGUAAACUCUUGCCAGAUAGUGUUUGUAUAAAAAGACAAAAACAAAACAAAAAAACGAACCCCACAAAAACCAAAUCUUUACGGUUGAGGUUGAGGAUUGUUGAGGAAAAAGGUUUUUCUCUGUAAAUAUCUAGCAAUGUGUUUGGUUUGGGAUGUAGAGUUGAUACCUUGCUGCUGAUGGCGUCGUUUACUACAGGCUUUUUUUUUUUUUUUUUUUUUUUUAAGACUUUUGCUUUACCAUUGAUCAUAAUGUAGUAGUGAAGCAAAAUGGUUAAAACUGGGUGUAUGUGGAACUAUAGCUACACCCACAUUCAUGUAUAUACACAUCCACCCACAUGUUUUGGUCUGUGGUUGAAAAGAAUAUUUCAAGGCUAUGUUUUUCUAAGUUAAAAACAUUCUUAGUAGAGUUGAUGAUGAAAGAACGCCGGAAAUACACCAGAUUGUGAGUUUUAAUGUAUAUUUUUAACUGGAGAGCUUGACAGUAUUGUAUCUGGCUGCAUAUAUUUCCAGAUCCAAAGUAAGAACUGCCCGCCUCACUGCUUUUGGAAUCCUCCUCCAUCAGGAAUGGCCAGAACAGAUGGAGCUAGCCGUUUUCAUUUCACGGUCAUUCUGAUGACCGUUUGGAUCCUGGGUCCAGCUGUCUGAAAGGCCAGUUAUCCUUAUCUGUGGGUGUGUAUGUCGGCUCUUCACCGUAGGUAGAACGGGGCUAUAAACUCACAUAGACUUGACUUCUGUUCUCUUGCUUUCCCUCCUUUUCAUGCUUUUAAACUCAGGCCUUUAUGCUGUGAGUCACGAGUCCAAGAAGCACACAUUUUGUAGUAGUUCUGCACUAGCCCUGCUGUUGAACAAAAAGGAAAAUUACUGGCUGCACACAAAGCUGCUAGUACUUAGGUUGAAUAAUAAGCAUCAGGCAUUGGAAGAGGUUCUCAAUUUGCUUUUUUGAGGAAAGGUGGGGGGAGGGGUGGAUUUUGGCAUCAUAGCAUAUAUAUUAAGAAAUAAUCAGGACAUCAAAUACAUUUUAAUACAUAGCUGGGGCCUUAUGUUGUAGAUGAAGCUUGCUGUUUUUAGCAAGUUCCUGGGUUUCACAUUCGUUUCUGAUGCAUCAAGUAGCUCCAUACAUUUCAUAACAGGAUCUCUUUAUUUGUAUGCAAAAAAAAAAUACUGUAUUAAUAAAGAGCAGCAUUUUUGUAACAAAAAGACUUGUUGGAGCUAUUUGGUGCUUGAAUGUGACUGUCCUUUUUACUUUUGCUAAGCCUUAUUUAAAUUUUGUAUACCAUGGAAUAUGUAGAACUUGUCGAAUCAUUUUAGUGCUGAGGGGGUCUUUUUGUUUGUUUUUUGUUGCAGUUUUCCUGGUGGCUUGUUUUGUAUUGUAAGACAGCACUUGCUGACAUAAGUACUAAGGCACUAAGAGAAAACACACACAGAUAAGUAUUUAUAAGAUGCUUGGGACUGAUAGGAGGAUUUUUUGUUUGAUUUUGUAAGAGAAAAAAAAUCGAUGAAACCAUGCUAAUCCAGCACCCAACCCCCCUCCCCAUGGGGAUGUCUUAGAAUCUUCAGCUAUAAAAUCGUUCACCUAAGCACAGCAUCACCUUACAGCCCUGUGGAUUAUAAAUCAUUUAGCAAGGCUGUAAACUCCACUCCCAAAACAAAGACAUAACUUAACCAACUGCUCGGUUGUCCUUCAUUAUAAAAUGAGCUGGCAACAGCAGGAACAAAAAAGAAAAGUCUCCUCCUCGCCCCUAAUUUUUUUCUCCCAUGUGGUUUUAGCCAUUCCCCAUCACUGUGUUGUGAAUUGUAGAAGAAACAAAUAUUUUGAAAGAACUUAAAUGGGUUUCAAAAAUGGUCUCAACAUUUAUAAUUCAUACCUGUAUUUGGCGGUUGUCAUAACCCAAUCCUUCUGCACUCAAACAUCUAGACAGGUCUGUCGGGGAAGUAGUUGACGGUUUACAGCCUUUGCUUUUUAACUGUUCAGUUCCCUUUAAAGCACAACUAGCUGCUUGUUUACAGAUGAUAUUUUUUAUGUAUAUUUUGUAUAGUGUAUUAUCAUUUUUGCCAAAUAUGUUUUUGCAUUUUGGAUGGCUAUGGAGUACCUAAGGUUGCAUUCAUGUAAUACCUGUUUGUUGUUGUAAACCUCUCCAUUCAGCUGGUAGAAAUUCUCCUGUGUUCUACUUGGUCGGUCUCCUGUGAUUGUUAAGAUGUGCUCCUCGGUAGUCCUCCCAGCUGUAGAUUUACCAGCUUAAAAGUUUGUUAGGAUCUGUGCAAUAAAGUGUUUGCAGUCUUAUUUUCUCUAAGAAAUUCCCUAUGGAUGUCAUAAUUGUUGUAUAUUGAACAAAUAUUUAUACUUAUGCAUUUGCAUAACAUUGAAAUAAAAAUUUAGCAUGAAAAGAAAA